UGAGAGAGAGUGUGUGAGAGAGUGAGCGAGAGAGCGAGAGAGCGAGAGAGAGAGAGAGAGAGAUGAGUUCCACUCCACCCACAUCCAUCCGUGUCCAAUGUGAGGGGGAGGUGAAACAGUUGAGAGCUUACUGUGCUAUUAACUGGCAUUAUUUAGUUGCCUCAGUCUGGAGAAAAAACUAGUCAGGACUGCUCCCACCAGAAUUCCACCCAGUAGGAGCAACAAUGACUUCCCAUGUAAAACUCCGGAAGGAGAGGGUUGGUAUGGUGGACUACGACACACAAAUCAAAGAGGUCCGUUGCCAGCUUGUAGACCAAUUGAAGGUGUUAGACUUGCAACUUGAGCAGAAGAGCCAGCAGCUGCAGGAUCUGACGGACUACCUGCGGCGGCGGGGUGAAAUUGAAAGCGAGUAUGCCCGCUCCCUGGAAAAACUCGCUGAAAGGUUCACUUCCAGGAUCAAGAGGAAGGAGCCGAGUAGUAAUUCGGUGACCCAGGUCUGGCUGGCUCUGCUAUCCCAGACCCGCCAAGAAAGUAGGGACCACAAUGGACUGAGUGAGUGCAGCAGCACCUUCCUCAUCCAGCCCCUCACACACUGCCUGGAGUACACACAGCGCCUUGCCAAGAAGAGUAAAGACAUCUGCACUCAGCUACAAGAUGGACUACUCAAGGUUACCACAGAGCUACAGACUGCAUGGCGGACAUACUACCAGUACCACUCAGACUAUGUGUGUGCAGAGGGCAAGCUAAAGGAGGCAGAGAAACAAGAGGAAAAGCAGAAGCAGAGUAAUGCUAAGAAGCUGGAGAAGUUGAUAGAAAAAAGACAAGGUAAGGUCAAGGAGAUCUACCUGAAGUGCAGCAAGGCCCGAAACGAGUACCUCCUAAACUUGGCUGCAGCCAAUGCCUCCAUGAAUAAGUACUACCUCCAAGACAUCUCUACUCUCAUAGAUUGUGCAGAUGUAGGGUAUCACCUCUCUUUGGGCCGGGUGCUACAAACUUACCUGUCCAGUCGGUGGCGGGCCCAGCAGAAUCUAAGCACAGGGCUGCAGCAGCUCCAAGGCACCGUGUCGGGACUGGACCAGAGCCAGGACAGAGACACCCUCCUGCAGGACCACUAUAACACCUUCUGUAUGCCCCUUCGCUUCCCUUAUCAGCCCCAUGAUGAAGACCAGGUUUCCGAGGUCAGUGCAGAGGGUGAGAUGAGAUGCGAGCUGGAGACCAGAUUCAAACAGAUACAAACCAGACUGAAAGCAGUCACCCAGGAAACAGAGGAGGCUAGAAAGAGCAUGUCGGCAGCCCAGUCUUCCCUGCUGGAGAGUGUCGGUGAUGAUGAUCUGGAGCCCAGCAGUGGUUUGUCUCAGGAGGGCAGCAGUGAAAACCUGACAGUGAAGCCCAGUGUGGCCCGUCGCAGGGCCAACAUGCAGGAAAUAGAAAACCUCUAUUUCACUAGAGUAAAAGAGCACCUUGUAGCCAGCUCCCUGGUAUCUAAACUGCAAGUCAAACAUGACCAGCUGAAAGUGGCUGUGGAAAAAGCAGAAGCAUCAAAUGGACAGCCUGGACACAAUGGAAAGUCGAUGCGUGUCAGGAAGAAUCACUCAAGUGCCAAUUUGAUGCACAACCACAAACUUUUCAGUGGAGACAUGCUGUCUUUCAUACAGGCAUCAGGACAACAGAUUCCAAUUGUUGUGGAAAGUUGCAUUUGCUUUAUCAACCUCAAUGGUCUCCACCAUGAAGGGAUAUUUAGAGUGCCGGGCUCUCAGAUGGAGGUCAACAACCUGAGGGAUGCAUUUGAGCGAGGAGAGGACCCCCUGGCUGAGCGGAGCUAUAACCUGGACUCUGUUGCUGGAGUGCUGAAGCUCUACUUCAGAUGUCUGGAGAAACCUCUCUUCCCCAUUGACAGCACCAGCCAACUCUUGGAGUAUGCCCAAAUAAAGAACGAGGCAGAGAGAGCAGCUCAGUUCAAAAUGGUCAUAUCUUCCUACCCUGAGCCCGCCAUCAUCGUCAUGAGAUACCUCUUUGCAUUCCUUCACCAUGUGUCUCAGUACAGCGAUGAGAACAUGAUGCAGCCUUACAACUUGGCUGUGUGUUUUGGCCCCAGCCUGGUAAGAGGGGCUCACGAUGAUGAUGUUGUCACCCUGCAGCCUCAGAUCAACGCCCUGGUGAACAGCAUCAUCCUCCAGCACGAAAGCAUCUUCCCCAGCCAGAGCGAAGUACAAGGGCCGGUGUAUGAGAAAUGCAUGACGCUGGAACAGGAUGACGGUGAGCCUAUCAUUGACGAAGGAGAUGUAGAAGCAGAGUACACCCACAGCAAAGAUGAGAUGGAAACAGGAUCCUCAGCUGACAACCGCACCAAAUCGUCUGCAGCACCAACACACAGAAAAGCAGAACGUCCUAGAGCCAACAGCAGCGGCUCAAUUGACCAAAGUAGGUUGAUGGCUGGACAAUUUGGGGGCAGCAUCGCUUCAAGUGGAAAGUUAAUGCUCCAGAUUCCCCUUGGGCCACAGUGCAGGCCACAGCGGGGCCACUCUCCUGGCUAUGUGCGCAGAGAAUUGCAGGAACACUCAUCUUCUGAGGAUAUUGUCGUUAAACUAGACAAGGAGGUCUGUCGCCAGAUGGACUCGGUCUUCAUGGAACUUCUCUCGCGGCAAGCACUGCAGGAUCCCUCCUCCACUGCCUCCUCUCCCUCUGCCCAAGCUCCCCAAAAGAAAGGGAAGCGGGACGGACGCAGGGGGAGAGGAGCAGGGCUCUUUAGAGCAGCAGCUCCACUGGACUGAGAGGCACCUGUAGAUUACAUGAAAAGAGAGAUACACAUAUUAAAAUGGAGGUGGAGGGUAAUGCCAUCUGACACUAGCUUUCAGCACAUCCUAUUUCUA